CUUCCUGUUUUUUUUUUUAAUGACAGCUCGUGCUUUCUUGAGAUUAAGAUCUAUAGUUAAUUACCAGGGAGAAUUGUAUUUUGCUUACUAGAUGUUACAGACGGGGAGGAGUGGAGAAAAAUCUGAGAUAAUAAUCAUCAAAGAAAGAGGGGGACAGAGAGGGCCUCAACGUCCGACCAACGGUGAAGUGUGUCCUGACUUUUUUGAACACAGCCUUGACCUAUUCUGUGGUAAUUUGGCUGGAUGUAGAUUCAAAUGUUUGUUGGACCACAUUGCUGAAGAUAUCAAGAUGAGCUACACAAGUGACCAUCCACAUGAAAAUCAACAGUCGUUAUAGUGACCAUCACGGUAACCAUGGAAACUGGUAACAGUUGAUAUAGUAACAAGAAAGUACUGUGCCAUAUGUACAAUAUUCUCAAAUAUAUGUCCUCGGAUCUCCGUCAUCAGAUCUAACAACUUACCCACUACAAAUCUAACCUUAGGCCCCAGCAGUUACACUGUAAGCAGGGCUAACAGACCAAUCCUGCCACCCCUCACUCAGUGAAUGGAUUGAGCCGAUUUUCUCAUAAUGAACUGAAAUAUCACUGUAUGUUGAUUGUGAAGGCAAUGGUAGCAUGGUGCUCUGUCAGGCUCUGGAGCCAUUAGGAUGUGACAAGUUCAGCUUUGUGGAGUAUAAGACAUAACUGGACUUUAUAUGUGGAUUUAUGACAGAAUAUGCUUAAAUAUCUAACCUGACACAGUUUUUGAAUGGAUAUUGAUUUUAGUGUAUUUGAGGAAGCGCUCUCUAACUGAUUAAAGGUGUUGGGAUUAGGAGAGGACCACAUGGUUUUGUAAACAAAACACUUUAAUCCUAGUGAGGAGAAAGAAAAGGUGGACCAUUGAUAAAAAGAGAGGGAGAUUUCUUUUAGUCAGACCGACAUUCCUGUACAUGGAGUGACUUCUGUUUACAUCUUUGGAAAACUCAUGAAAACAUCAGCAUUUACUGUAUGAUGAGGAACUCUCAGAAUUCUGUGAAAUUAAAAGUAGGCUGGGAGGAGGGCCACUGGGUAGUGUGGCUUGUGUUGAUUGGAAUUUAUCAAGCUCAAGCACUGGAACUGGGACAAUGUCAGAAGGCGCUGGGUAUGGAGAGUGGGGGGAUACCAGACCAUGCCAUCACAGCCAGCUCGUCGUAUAAGGAGGGCUCUGUAGGACCAGAGAGUGCCAGGAUAAGGAAGGAGUGGAAGGGUGGCGCAUGGUGUCCGAAGGAGAUGAUCGACAAAUACUCCUACGAGUACCUCCAGAUAGACCUAGACAAACUCAUGGUCAUCACCAAAGUGGAAACCCAGGGUCGAUUUGGAAACGGCUUGGGACAAGAGUACACAGAAGAAUUCCUCUUGGAAUAUCAGCGAGAGGAUGAUGGAGAAUGGAUCCGAUUCAGAAACCGCCAGGCAAAAGAGCACUUCAAAGCAAACUACAAUACUCACACCGCUGAGAUGAACGAAGUAUCACCCCCAAUCAUCGCCAAGAGGGUGCGCUUCAUUCCCUACAGUAAAUUACAGCGCACAGUGUGUAUGAGGGUGGAACUAUACGGCUGUACUUGGGAGGAUGGUGUUCUGUCUUACUCUAUGCCACAAGGGGACCGUAGGGGAAAACACAGUUCCGAUGAGUUGGCUUUCCUAGACUUCACUUACGAUGGAAUCAUCAAGGACCAACACCUGUACAAUGGCAUCGGUCAGCUGAUGGAUGGAGAGGAGGGACAGGCCAACUUCCGUACAGAUAUCCAGGCAAGGGGCAUCAAGGGAUACGAGUGGGUCGGAUGGAAGACGGAAAAGUCUGAAGAUAGCAUGCCCGUGGAAAUCAUCUUCAAAUUUGAUGCUGUGCGUAACUUCACCCAGCUCAACAUACACUGCAAUAACUACCUCAACAAGGAUGUGCGAAUUUUCAGGCAGGCCCACAUAUACUUCAGUGUGUCGGGCAUUUACUAUCAGCCCAACUUUAUUGAUUUUAAAUUUGAGAAGGAUUUGUGGAUGGAGUACGCCCGCACAGUUCCUAUACAACUGGAGAACAGAGUGGGAAAAUAUGUAAAAGUGCAACUGUACUUUGAUAGCAAAUGGAUGCUCAUCAGUGAAAUCUCAUUCAAAUCAGAUAUAACCAGAGCUAAUGUUACGAUAGAGCUACCCCCAGUCACCCAUCCUAUGAAGACUACAAAACUUCCUCCUUACAAAGAGGACUUCCCUGUUGACGGACAGAUGGGUAUUCAGAUUGGCCAAGGGUCUCCUCAACACAUAGGCGAUGGAUCGGUGCAGACCAAAGAAGCCAAGACUGAGAACGACAUGAUUGGCAUUAUUGUGGGCACGCUCUCUGCUCUCAUCGUUACUCUGCUGGUGGUGGCAGUGAUCGUCAUUAUUCUGAUUCGCCACAAGCGGAGCAAACAGAACAACAAUCGUCACUGUCUGAAACCCGUGGAACGCCACAUUGCGCUGAACAUGAACAGUGUCCGGAACAUUCAGAACGGCAAGGUCUCCAAUGGCAACAUGUACAACAGUGUGGCUCAGGAUGACAUGGAGUCGGAUCGUGAGCUCUGUAAUGGAGGAGAAAAACUAUGUAAGAGCCCAUCAUAUUGUGAGCCUCAGGACUCUCUAGUCGGGGGGCGAGACCUGCCAGAUUUGCCGGGGUGUGCCACUGGGAGUUCCGACUCCAGAGACUAUGCCGUUCCAGAUGUAACAAAGUCAGCCCUGGUGGUAGCCUUACCGCCGCACACCCAGACCCCGAUCAGAGUGUCCCCCGCCAAUAAUGGAACACCCAUCAUGAUGACAAACUCAUUGUCUGAGAAGCCUCCUACCUAUGACGCCUUGUAUGCUGCCGCUGACAUCGUACAUGUGAACGUACCCAACAUUCCCAACCUGCAGGGAGUGAGUGGAAACAACGUUUACGCCGUGCCGAACGCGGAACUCCUACUGACCCUGGAACACGCAGUAGUACAAUUCCCGCGGGAAAAUCUGCAGUUUGUAGACGUACUUGGUGAAGGACAGUUCGGAGAGGUACACUUGUGUGAGGCAGUAAAUGUUGACGGAUACAUCAGUGAUGAGUACUUUAUGAACCGAGCCAGCACAUUGCCCCCUAAUGUUUUAGUGGCAGUGAAGAUGUUACGACGGAACGCUGAUGAUAGAGCCAGAGCUGACUUCCACAAGGAAAUCAAGAUAAUGUCUCAACUGAAAGACCCCAAUAUUGUGCGUGUCCUCGGGGUAUGUACUCGGGAAGAACCACUGUGUAUGAUCGUGGAAUACAUGAGGUAUGGAGACCUCAACCAGUUCCUCCUGGAUCACGUACCAGAGAGCCCUGUAGCGCAGGCCACGAAUGCCAAAACACUCAGUUAUGGCUGCUUAGUGUACAUGGCCUCCCAAAUAUCAUCUGGAAUGAAGUACCUGGAGUCGUUAAACAUGGUUCAUCGGGAUCUUGCCACAAGGAACUGUCUGGUCGGAACAAACUAUACAAUAAAAAUCUCGGACUUUGGCAUGAGUCGCAGUCUCUACAGUGCGGAUUACUACAGGAUAGAAGGAAGAGCUGUGCUGCCCAUCAGAUGGAUGGCCUGGGAAAGCAUCUUACUGGGAAAAUUCACUACGAAGUCUGAUGUGUGGUCAUUUGCUGUGACACUUUGGGAGAUUCUAACAUUUGCCAAGGACCAACCUUUUGACUCUUUGACCGACGAACAAGUGAUAGAAAAUGCCGGACAUUAUUAUCGCAACGACAGUAAGGAAGUAUACCUUUCACUACCUCCCAACUGUCCAAAGGAAAUAUAUGACCUUAUGGUGGAGUGCUGGAAUCGAAACGAGGCAUGUCGACCUACAUUCCGUGAAGUGCACAUGUUCCUUCAGAGGAAAAACAUGGGAUAUAAUCCAAAGGACGAGAAGAUGAACCAAAUCAAGGUGCCGAUAUGCUGACUAUAUACGAAUUAUAGACAAUUACACUGACUGGGUGCCAACAUCCUGGCUAAAUAUUAAUUAUAGACAAUUACACUCACUGGGUUCUUCAGAGACAGCCCCCACAUUCAGUGAUUCCUCAUCGUAAUGUGUGCUUAAAAGUUCUAAGUGCUAACUCGUCAUUUGUUGGACACAGAAGGAAAGAAGUCCUGUUUAAGUUGAAUGCUAGUCAUGUUUUAUUCAUUUUUUAUAAUGAAAGAAAGAAAUGAUGCUGGUGAAAUUUAUUCCAUGUCUUCGUGAGGAUGUUUGGAGAGAGUGUGUUUGCACAACAGUCCCAUACAGUGGUCACUUUGAUCCUGGCAGGACACGUGUACCUCACCGAGUGAUUGGUUAAAUCUCCAAGAUGGUGUCCUGGAUUUGACCCUCACAAAGAACAUAUUUGAACACUUAUAUCAGACAACAGGUGCUACAGAAUGUUGUGACAUGUUGCCAUAGAAAUUAUGUGAUUUACACUCACAGAACCUAAACAUUCUCUGAAUGAAAUCCUUCAGUUUACGGACACUCAUGUAUUUGUAUUUUGUGAUUAUUAUUUUUUUGCGAUUGUAAAUGAAUUUAACAAUCUUGAUUAUGUGCAAUGAAUCUUAAUAUGAUUUUUAUAAUAAUCAGUCCAUUACAAAUGAUUUGUGAUUUCAUCUUUCCAUUACAUUUUAUUUUGUAUCUGUAGAUUCCAUGCUGGAAACACCUUGUACUUUCACUUUCUGAUUCAGUGUGUUAGUGUUGUAGACUGAUCACACACCCAUUUGACAUUUGACCUCAAGACAUGCACCAAUCAGUGUUAAGUAUUGUAACUUCUACCAAGGUCUCCCAAGUUUACCUGUAUCUUCCAUUUUAGCAUUUGAUAUUACGUGCACUCUGUGUUGAUAGAUGCACAGCAUAAAAUGCUUUUUUAAAAGACAAAACUCCCAGCCAAGGUACUUUAUUCUGUCCAUUUGUAAAUCAUUUACAUUUUGUCUAAUUUUAUUUUCCAUGCACUGUAUCUUCGAAAAUCAACAAUACUAGAUCUAUGAUUGCAUGUAUUGGUGUCGCAAAGUAACUCAAAAAGAGUUCCUAAGAUUUCCUUCUCGGGGUAACAAUUUUCCCUCUUCUUACUCUUUGUACCGAUUUCAUCAUUCUUUGUCAGUUCAAACAAUUAUUUGUCAAGUUUCAUGUGAAUACAAUGAUAUUUUAUGAAGAGUCUGUGAUGAUAAUCUUGUUAAAGACAUUUUCUUUCUACAAUAUUUUGCAUUUCAUGUUUGUAAAUAUUCUUCAUCCCCAUAUAUCCACAAUUACCUUACCAUGAAGUUUAUAUUGGUUAGUGUUGAAUUGAAACAGCUUUAUAAUUAUCUGAUGACAGCUUUAAACACUGAAGGUCUUUUUUCAUUAUGAGCAGUGUUAUGAGAAAUAAGUUAAUUUUGCAACCACACAUAUGAUUCAGCUGGCACAAUAAAAUGUUGAAUUUCCAAGAGUUUAAGAAUAGCAACUGUUUCAUCUGUGAUUGGCUAUAGUUACCCCCCUUUCAUCAGCAUUUCAUUUAUAGAAAAUAGUUCAUUAAAUUUUGCUACGCAAAGAGCAUUAUUCAUCUUUAUAAUAUUGUUGAAAUUAGAUAUAUAUUACAUCUCUUGAGUAUUUUCAGACAAUCGUCUUAGCUUAAUAUUUUUGCAUUAUGUCAUAACAAAGAUAUACACUAUCAUUAUAAAAAGUGUUUUCAACUUUUCAUGCUAAGCAUUUUACUUUAGAAAUUUCAGUGACAAGACUUUGUAAUCAACAUAUCGUACAUGUUGAACGAAAUAUCUUGCAGAGAUUCGAUCUUGGUUGUGAAUUAAAUGCCCCCUCCCUAGUGGUGUCGUCAUUAGAAACCAACGUAAACCUUUGUGGGGCUUUAUUUUUAUAUGGCUAAUGAUGUUGUCUGUGUGUCCUCGUAUAAGCAUGAUUUGGCAAGGAGUGCCACGCCCCCUGCCUCAUACAUGUGCUAUAGUCACGUGUCAGUUUUCAUCCUUCUUUAUUUUCAGGCUGGAAUUGAAAUUUUGAAUAAUAUGUGAGUAAUAUACUAAAUGAGGCAUUUUGAUUUAUGAUCUACAAUUUUUAAAGCAUUAGUUCUGAAGUACCUCCGACGUUUCAUGGAUCGAAAAUCAUUUACUAUGGUCGCUUUUCGCAACUUAAAGCAGAUGGUGCUGUAUUAUUUUUUUUAUUUAUACGAUGCUUCAAUAGUACUUUUGUUUUUUGUUAUUUAUAUUCUAUCUUGACCAGUGUAUACAUGGUGUAAACAUGAGAUGUCUGUACUUUGUUCAAACAUUUUGCAGACAGGGCACCAGUUUAAAGCAGUGACCAGUUUUAAUUUCUGUUUUGUCUAAUUUGGUCGCUAAUGCAUUUCAUUUUUGUCAUUCCAUUCGGAGCUGUCGUCAUUGUUAUUAAGAAUUUAUGUGCGAUGUACAAGAAUGCAUUUGUUAAAGGAGUAGUUUGUAUUGUAUGUAAAUAAAACUACAAAACACGAA